AUGCGCUCACGGAACGCAAAGGCUCUUUGCACCGCCACCUACCAGCUAGCUGUUCGGAGCAUUACGCGCAACUCUGCAAGGACCAAGCCCGGAUUUUCAUUAGCCGGCAGCUGCAGCCCCUCAACGGCGCGCAAGAGCAUCGCCCUUCGCCGAUUAUAUUCAUCCCACUCCCGAACCCGCACGACUCGUCCUGAAUAUGCCCCAGUGAACCAGCAGCUGUUGACAUCCUCCAUGUCUGUCCGUCGCUUCUCACUCGCCCUUGUCUCCGGCCUCGUCGGCUACGGCGCCUGGUAUACAUACAGAGACGGCAGCACCGACGCGACGGCCGCCACCCGUGCCUUCACCAACAGUGCCAACAACCCAACCAAAGCCGGAAUCGACGGCGCCGCGCCCACGCGCAAUGUGCUUGUGAUCACCGCCGACGAGCUGUACACGAGCACAUUUGUCGGCGAGGGUCCUAUUUCCAAGAUAACCGACGAUGAAAGACGGAUGGUUGUGGAGAUGCUAAACCCGGAACAGUCAACACAGAAGCUACGCAAGAAUGACCAGUCAUAUAUAGUAAAUCGCGGCCAGGGUGUCGUCCGAUAUGACUUGGUGCAGUUGCCUAGCAACGACCCCAUUGAAGACGACCACGCCGAGAAGAUUGUCGAGGUGCCAGAUGGAUCGCAGCCGUCCUCCAAGAAUGACUGGAUGUUCUGGGGAGUCUUUGAUGGUCACUCUGGUUGGACAACCUCGGCCAAGCUUCGACAGGCGCUCAUUGGCUCGGUUGCCCGCGAGCUCAACGACACAUACCGUGCCGCUCCUGGUAUGACACCGAGCCCCGAGGCCAUCGAGACUGCUAUGAAGACAGGUUUCGUUCGCCUGGAUGAUGAAAUCGUCAACCAGAGUGUGGAAAAGGUUCUCAAGCAGAACAACAAGACGGUGGCCGCUGAGCUACUGGCUCCCGCCCUCUCAGGCUCGUGCGCCCUUCUUUCAUUCUACGAUAGUCGCACCGGGCUCCUCCGCGUGGCCUGUACUGGUGACUCUCGCGCAGUUUUGGGCCGUCGCUCUGCCUCCUCGGGCAAAUGGACAGCUACGCCACUUUCAACCGACCAAACUGGCGCGAAUCCCGAAGAGGCGGCUCGUAUGCGAAAGCAACACCCCGGAGAGGAGCACGUUGUGCGUAACGGACGCGUGCUAGGCGGGCUCGAGCCCACGCGUGCUUUUGGUGACGCUAGCUACAAGUGGACACGAGAUGUUUCUGAGCGGCUGAGGCGCUCCUUCUUUGGGCGAACCCCAUCCGCUCUGCUGAGGACUCCACCCUACGUCACUGCCGAGCCGGUAGUCACAACUACCAAGAUCGAGCCCGAGAACGGGGACUUCCUCGUGUUGGCGACGGAUGGUCUAUGGGAGAUGCUGACCAACGAGGAGGUAGUAGGCCUUGUCGGCAAGUGGCUGGAGACCCAGCAAACCGGUGGCUCUGGCUCGUCCUACUGGUCCAAGAUGUUUGGCGGCAGUUCAACGAAGAGCGGACUGCCCGUAGAGGCUGUUGGAGCAAAGGACUCGGCAGAUGGCCAGAAGACGCCCAUCCGCGUGCAGCAGUGGGGUCUCUCUCCCGACGGAAAGGACAGGUUCGUCGUCAAGGACAAGAACGUUGCUACUCACCUCGUCCGCAAUGCCCUUGGCGGCAAGAACGAGGAGCAGGUUUCAGCUCUGUUGACUCUGCCAUCUCCCUUCUCCAGGAGAUAUCGCGACGACUUGACCGUACAGGUCAUCUUCUUUGGCAACGCGGGAGAGAAGACGGGAGAUGUCGUUGUGAACGAAGAGGCCACUUACAUGCCCGGUUCCUCUUCACAACCUGCAGCAGCCAAGGCGAAGCUUUAA